AUGGCGGACACUGCCUUGAAGCAUCGAGCUGAGUUUGCCUUUGCUCAGCUCGAGAACGAGAGAUCUCUGACAUCUCUUCGUGACGAGCUAAGGGUAGCUCGUGGGAUUGUUGAUCGGUCUCGGGAUGAGAUAACUGCUCUUCAGACCCUUGUUGAUGCCCACCAUCGGGAGCACAAGGCUCUCUGCGAGAUGCUUGAGCGCAAGGGCGUUCUUCAUCGGAAGAAGCAGCGUACUGAUGGUACGGCUUAA